AUGCCACCACCAGAUCAAGCUAGAAGAGAUGUUCUUAUUUCCAAAGCAAUGUCAUAUCUUCUUCGACAUGGGGCUGUGAAAGAAAAACUAGCCAUUGAUGACCAAGGAUAUGUUAAGAUUUCUGAUAUUUUGUCUCAUCAAAGAUUGAAAAGUUUCAAAACAACAAGAGAAGAUCUUGAUAGAAUUGUACGUGAUAAUGACAAGAAAAGAUUUACUAUAACGGAUGAUAUGAUAUGUGCUAAUCAGGGGCAUUCAUUAAAAACUGUGAAUAAUGAUAAUUUGACACCAAUGAGUUUAGAUGAAUUGACAAAAUUAAAAAUAUACCAUGGUACAUAUAAAAACAAACUAGCUACAAUUAAACAAAGCGGAGGGUUAAAUAAAAUGAACAGAAAUCAUAUCCAUUUUACAUGUGAAGAAUAUGCCACUUGUUCAGGUAUAAGAUAUAAUGCUAAUGUUUUAAUUUAUGUUGAUGCGGAGAGAUGUACAGAAGCUGGUAUAAAGUUUUUCAAAAGUUUAAAUAAUGUCAUUUUAACAUCCGGUGAUGCUGAUGGUAAGAUCCCAUGGGAAUUUGUUGAUAAAGUUGUUGAUUUAGAAGGAAAAACAAUAGAUAUAUAG